ACAGCCCAGCAAGCAACAUGUUCAAGCAGCUGAUCGUCGUCCUGGCCGUGGUGGCUGCCUGCCUGGCCGCCCCCGGACCCAAGCCGGCCCCCGGCCUGCUGGCCAGCUACGUGGCCGGCGCCCCCGUCGCCUACACUGCCCACGCAGUCGCCGCCCCCGUCGCCUACACCGCUGCCGCCGCCCCUGUGGCGUACGCCGCUCCGUACUCGGCUGCCUACGUAGCCCCGUACCCAGCAGCCUACAGGGCAGCCAUCCUCGGAUGAACACCGCGUCUUGAAGGCUUCUGUCUUGAGAUGACGAUACGUGCUCCAAGAUCUACGAAUGUAUGCAGGCUGAAUGAAUAAAUUACUUGAAACAUA